AUGUACAAACAAUUCGCGCUGUUCCUCGUCGCCGCGCUGCUGUUGGCCGCGAAUAACUCGACAGAGGCCGCGGAGAAAAAAAGCCCGUUCGACGCACUAAUGGAGAUGGUCAACGGGUUCAAGGCGCAAAAGCCCGAGCUGGAGAAGGGAUGCGCUGAGGACAACAAGACGGAAGUCUGCCACAAACUCUUCAACAAAAUCGACGACAUGGUGAGAAUCGCCACCGAGGUCAACGACAUCUUCAACAAGAUUCAGAACAUCACCGCCAGCGAAAAGCCCUUC